ACUAUAGCAACGGGAGGCGCAGCCGCCACCAGCCGAGCCGACCUGCCGCUGCGGGGCCCGGUACCCGGCAUUUGUAAAUGCCAAUGGAAGAAGACAAACGGAACCAUGCUGCAAGAGUCAUUCAGAGGUGCUGGAAAAGAUGUAUUAAUGUCCGAGUCUUUCGAUACUACAAAGAACUGAUAGGCUUUAGAGGAGUUGGGGACCCUCAUCUUCUGAUGAAAUGCAUUGACCCUAGAGAGGCAGAGUUACUAGAUGCUGCAGCAGGUGUUUAUAUCCGAUUCAGACUAGGUGGUACUAAAUAUCCUCCAAGUAUAUAUUACAAAAUAUUCACUCAUAGACCCAUCGUGGAUAUGUGUGCUAAUAGCCCUAAAGAUUAUACAAAGCCAGCAUACAAACAGCUGCUGCCAGAGGCUAUUCAUGGAAAGAUUUGGAAAGAUGACCGCAAUGGCUGGUACAAGCGUGUGGAGAAUAAUGGUUGGAGACUUCUUUCGAUCAGAUUUUGGAGGACCAUAGAUCCUAUAACUGCUGAGGACAACACAAAGGAAAAGGAAUUCCAUUACUCUAAGCUGAAGAGGAAACAAGACAUUGACCAGAGAAGAAAAAGGAGAAAAAUUGAAUGGAUGACAAAAAUGUAUCAUGCAAGAAGCUUGCGGGUCAAAACAGAGGACCCUACCACUACAAUCUUAAUUCAGAGAAGUGCAGAAGGCAUCGUCAAUGCUAUUGAGAAAGGAGGAACAGACAAUGUAAUGGAAUGGGAAGUGGAUGAACUGUUGCAAUGGACAAAUGCACUUAACUUUGAAGAAUAUAUUAGCCAGUGGAAAGAAAUUGCAACAAGCAACUCAUCAGCUAACUACCAGGGUUUCCAGUUUAUUGUAUCACAACAUGAUCCAGGUGAAUUCUCAGAGCUACCCCAUGGAAACAUCCAGGAAAUACCAAUCCUUAAUCCAUUAAUUUUAAAUGAAACAGACUUCAAGUCAGGGACAUCUAUAACACCAUUAAACUCACCUUGUAAUCUCUCAAUGGAUAACAAAUUCUGAAUAAUUUUGCUCCUAUUCAUUAGGAUACUAUUUUGCUCUACUUCAAUUUGAUAUGAAAUGGAGCUAUAGUUUCAGUAGUUAGAGCUGACUAAACAAGAAAUCUGCAUGUAAAACAUAAAUGUGCUGCAUGAUUCUCUCCUCUAUAAAAACAAAUUACAACAGUAUCCAAAACGGUUUUGAAUCAGUCAUAAUGUGCUAAUAACAAUCUCCCCCUACUUUUAUUCCUCUUCUAGAACACCUACAUUCAAUACAUAAAAUUAUGCCAAAUGCUUCAGCAAAUAUUAUAGUGAUCUGUUCUAUCUAUAGAUUUUUUUUCAGCCUCUAAAAUAAAGUGGAUGCUUACAACUGAUACUUAUCACUUUCAGGACUUUAAAGCUUUAAAAUGUUUUGAAAACACUUACGAGUCCAUUAAGCCUCGCAGUACCCCUGUGAGCUAGCUAUGGAUUACCCCCCCAUUUUAGCAGUGAAGAGACUGAAGGUUAAGUAACUUGCCCAGUGCCACCAUCUUGCUUCUAUUUGACAUACACUGUUACAGUCAGAGUUCUAAAACCC